AUGAGAAGAGUUUUGAAGUUUUUGCUGCUCAGUCUUUGGCAGCUCGUUUCGGCAUCGUCAGAAUUUAUCGUCGUCGAAGGAAGCUUUGGAGAUGAAUGGAAAGAUUCCGUUCUAGUAGGCGAGUACAAGAGGGUUGAGAGAGGCAGCUUGAGGGCUAGAGAUUCACAGGGAAAACCGAUUUACAAGUCGAGAAAUCAAAAUCAACAAGAGAUUUUUAUAAGAUAUGAACCGGAAGAUGGAAAAUGGUACUUUCAGUCCAAAAACGACCUCAAUUCCCGCCUCAACUACGCGAAUCUCCUGUGCUCCUCCGACGUCCAGGACCCGAGCCAAUGCAGAAUUCGAAAAUGCGAGGUCUGGAAAAACUCUGGCUGGUCAUCUUGCGGCUCCGUUUUCGUCCGCGACGGGGGCCGAGAAGUUCUUCAAAAAGACCGAAGAGAAAGCUACGCUCAGACGAAAAUCAACAACGAAGCGAGAGAGAAUAAUUUUCCAAAGAUGAUUUUCGUCGAGGGUGAUUUCGGUGAUGCAUGGAAAACGUCCAAUCUUGGCGGUUUGUUCAAAGAAGUUCAGGGCAAGAGCACGGCGAAUAUGGACGGAAGACCGGUUUUUCAAAAGGCGGACAAGUCUGACUUCUUCAUUGCCUAUUAUGCUCCAAGGAAAGAAUGGGGCUUUCGAAACGGAGAAACACUCGGAAAAAGCCGUAGCUACGCUUAUAUCACUACCAAUUUGGAGACCUACCACCCUGUUCAGCUAGAAUACGUGGAGUACACUUGCAAUGUCUGGAAAAAGGACGGGAGCGGAAAGUGGGGAUGGCAUUCGUGCGGAAACAAGGACUCAACAGAUGCGAUCAAAUUCAAGCCAGGAAGCUGGAAUAUCAACCAAAAUAUGGCGCCAACUUUGGCUCCAAGGACAACUCAGCAGACGAAAAUCGUGCGAAUAACCCCCAGCAACAACAACAACCGCCCAUUGAUAGGAAAGCCCAAUUUAACACCAAACAUUCGGGACCGAAACCCAACCAACAUGAGAGUGAAUCAACAUACGAGCAAGCGCGCGUUCUGUGAAUUGAGAGGAACACAUGUUUUGGCAGAUUUUUCAGGACAAGAAACGAAUCUGGAUCAAAGAUGGCUGAUUUUCAAUCAACCCUGGUCCAAUGUCAGGAAAUACAAUGGAAUUUGGCUUGAUGGAAACAACCGAGUGACAAAAUACAAUGUUCAUCAAGUCGACAAUCGCCAUAAUUGCGCUUACUACUCCUCGAGCUACAAUAUGCUGGUUUCGGAAAGCUGCCACCAAGGAAUGCACACUUUUAUCUGCGAAUUCCGCCCGCAAAAUUCAUAA